AUCAAAAUUUCUCACAAAAAAAGCACUCUUCAACUUGUGAGAUCCAAUGGCUGGCGGUAGAAUUGCUCAUGCAAAUUUGAAGGGACCUAGUGUGGUCAAGGAGAUCUGUAUUGGGAUCGCUCUUGGUUUGGUUGCUGGUGGUACGUGGAAGAUGCAUCACUGGAAUGAGCAAAGAAAAGUGAGGUCAUUUUAUGAGUUGCUUGAAAAGGGUGAGAUCGGUGUUGUUGCAGAAGAAUAG